CGGUGGGAGAGGCCCAGGACCUAUACAGAAAGGUGUGUGUUGGUCCCGAUUCGGCGGAGGCAGAUCACCGUGUUCUGAUCUAUAGAAGAAUGUCAGACCUAACGCAUUUCAUGUUUGGUUUGUGUAUUUAUGCACUAAUGCAAAACAUUCAAGCAACAUCUCCAUCCCAAUUUAUAGAGGAUAUUAAUGGUUACAGAAGGGCAUGCAAAUCAAUAGGAUGGGAACCAAAACAAGACUGUGUUGCUUACAACGUUAUUGCGUUCCACGCAAAUCUGAAGUCCCAUCUGAACAACGUUCCUGUUAACUCAACAAUAAAGUUUGAAAAUGUCCAGCUGAACAAAGGCAACGGUUACGACCCUAUAACAGGGAUAUUUACUGCACCAGAGGACGGAGUGUACUCAUUCGCCUGGUCAUUCCUGUCUCAAGCUGGGGGUACGGUGUACAUUGCUGGUGUUGUCGACAAUGUUGAUCACGCGCAUACUUGCAUAGAAACUCAACAAAGCAAAUUCAUCAAUACCUCAGGUCAUCUUCUUUACGAACUAAGAAAGGGAAAUAAAGUAUGGAUAAAAACUUGGCACACUCCUGCCACAUUUAUUCACGCUGGAUUCUACACCUACUUCUCGGGGAGCAAAAUAAAUUCAAUUUAACCUUUAUAUAUUAUUUAUUAGACUGAAACAUGAAAUGUCUUUUGUAAAUAAAACUAGUGAA